AUGGAAACCUCCAGCCACAGUGAAGUCGGUGGUGUUGCGCUGAAAGCGUGUGACCGUUGCAGGUUGAACAAGAAGAAAUGCGACAGGUUGUUUCCUGGCUGCACGACUUGCAAGAAAAAACUCCUCAAGUGCAGCUAUGACGAGAACAGAACUCAACUCGAAAUCCGCGCGCUUCGGUCACAACUAGAACAUCUCUCAAAUCGCAACCGCGUUUCUUCCCAUCAGGUCUCACCUGACCAUUUCUCACUUGAACCCAUUUUGGCUUAUCCAAUUCCGUCUCGAUGGUACAUGCCUUUCUUGGUAAACCAUUACCAUGAGAUGCAGUUCCCGAGCUUUACUCGAAAAGGGAACCUUGAUAACGAUGAAGUGUCCAGGAAGGAAUGGAUUCAGGUAACACUAUCUGAUCCAUGCAUUUUCCACAGUAUUUUGUUUGCCGCAUCAUCCCAUCUUGAUGUACUCCGUGGCGAGGUUGACAACCCUGUUACCGAAUAUCACCGGAGACAUGCAGUAAAACUUCUUCUAGAUCACAUUUCAUCCUCAGAGCGGGUAUCUAUCACCGCCAUAGCUACGGCCACCUAUCUCUGGCACUACGAGGUACGGAUCAUCGUCAAACUUUGGAGCGAGGCUGACUUAGUAAAGGCCAUGAAUUCCAACAUAAUGGAAGGAAAGAUCCAUAAGCAUGGCCUUCAACAGAUGGUCAAAGGGAAUGGCGGACUAGGUGCAAUACGUCUAUGCGGGGAUCGGCUGUCUAAUUUAAUCAUGCUGAUCGACAUUGGGGAUUCUAUUCUCAAUGCUUCCAACCCGGUAUUCUACGUCGACGAACAAUCCCAGCAUCCCAAUGCGCCUAUAUCUCUCGUUUCUACCCUUAUAUGCCAAUCUGAGAGAGCAUUACGUGAAAGCGGUAUUACUGAGCCAUUGAUAUCCUUACUUAGGAGAGUCCACAAUGUGACUUUGGAUUUCGAGUAUGAGCCUUUAGCAAAACCUAUAGAAGAACAUGUUACGAAUAACGAGCCUAAGGCGGAGGGCAAUUUCUCGGCGGCUAUCAUGGUUGCGGCAAUGAUUCAUCUUUACUCGUUUCAACGUCGGACUAGGUUCUCCGUUGACGAUAAUCAAGACGGCGUAGAGAAGCUCCGUCUCUACCUUGCCUCGCUUCCCCAAGGCAGCAACUGCGAUAUUGAGAACGAGCUUUACGUAUUUUUAUGCUUUACCGGGGCUGCAGCGGCGAGAAAGAACAGAGCAUGGUUUUUAGCCAAGGCCGGGCCUGUGGUGAUGUCUCUCAAUCAGAGCCAGCUCCAACAUUUCAAGAUGGCAACCACGCGCUUCUGCAGAAUUCUACAAAAGCUAGAGGGCGCUCAAGGCAACGAUGGUGAAUAUGGUUUACUAUAG